GAGCUGUCGAGUUUGACAUUCUCGAACCCGAAUUAAAACAAAAAUGGAUUGUCGCUAAAAUAGGCUUUUAAGAUUUAUUCAAACUUCACGUCGGGGUUUAUUUUUUUGCGCGGAGAUUAUUAAACCGAGAGCAACGAGGACUUAACCACAAUGUGAAGGUUUCUGUGACGAAAAUGUUACUAAAGGUUUUAAACAAAACAAAUUGGAAGUCAUCGUGGACAGUAUUUUUGUCCAUAACGUGUGUAUAAAUGCGAAUCUGAGAGGAAAAGUGUGUGUUUUUGCCCAAUGCAGCGGAACAGCAGUCUCGUUUCCAUUUGGCUUCAGCUCGAGCUGUGCGCGAUGGCUCUUCUCCUCACUAAAGGAGAAAUACGGUGUUACUGUGACGCUCCCCACUGCGUGGCCACUGGUUACAUGUGCAAGUCGGAGCUGAACGCCUGCUUCACCCGCACCUUAGACCCCCAAAGCACGAACUCUCCUUUAUCUCACGGGUGUUACGACCCUAUGCUGAACUCUGGGAAAACUUGCCACUCGGAGUCAACCUUUGACCGCAUUCAUGGCUCUGCCACGCUUCAGUGUUGCCAUGAGGAUAUGUGCAACUACAGAGGCCUGCAGGAUCUCACAUACAGAGGAAGUGAAAUUCAUGAAAAACGGCAACACCCCCCUGAAGGCAGCCGUCAUGUGAUUGCACGUUUACAGGAAAUCCCUUCAUCAAAGGAGGUUUGGUUCCGUGCUGCCGUCAUCACCGUCCCCAUCGCCGGCGGCCUCAUUCUGAUCCUCCUAAUAAUGUUGGCUCUGCGAAUGCUCCGCAGUGAAAACCGUAGACUGCGUCAACAGCGACGGGAAAUGCUAUCUCGCCUCCAUUACAGCUUUCAUGGCCAACACCUCACCAAAAGCCACGUGGCCAAGCUGGACUUGGAGUGUAUGGUUCCUGUAGGAGGCCACGAGAACUGCUGUCUGACCUGUGACAAGAUUCGACAGUCUGACCUCAGCAGCCAAAGACUUCUAUCAUUGGUCAACUGGGGAAAGUACAGCAACCGAGGAAAGCUGGAGUUUGUGUGAUGGCUUUGGUUUCCUUCGUGGGACUCGCCUGAUGUUAUUUUGAACCCUUCUUAAGGAAGUACAACUCAGAAGAGAACACUUGAAAGCGCUAAUCAUACGGUUUGCUGCUGGAGAAGCACUUUACUUGAAUUAGAGACUUGGGGACUGCUUGUAUUAUAGGCUGUGAUGAGGAGCGGCUUUAUGCUGGUAUUUUAUUUUAUCACCCGAAGGAUUCCAAAAAUACAUUUUGCACUUUUUCUGUAUAAAGAAUGUUUGGUUGAUUGCUUUAAUAGGGGUACAAGAACACUCACAGUGAAAAUGUGCAAACUUUGUACCGUAUUUACUUGUAAAAACAACAUUGAAAUAAUCAAAAAAAAUAA